GAGAAGGAGGUGAAGGAAGAACUGGGAAGAAUCAGAGCCACGUGAGGAGGGCAGAGCAGGUGCUGGGGAAGGUGGCCUGCAUUAAACCACAGAGUAAGGUUGGGGAUUUCUGCCGCAUGUCCUUGUUCCUCUUACCAUGACGACUGAAGUCCUGGGCGUCAUCCGUGCAGUGACAGUAAGAAAGCUCUGCAAGGUUGGCAGAGAGCAGAGCCCCAGGGGCCUGUGGGCCCGACAGGAGGCCCCUGGUAUCUCUCUCUCCACCUGAAUCCCAGGCUUGGAGCCGAAGAGGCUGGCAACCCAGAGACACCCACGGGUGCAGACACACCCCAACAGAAGCCGCUCCCUCUGGCCUGAAGACCAGGAAGGCGAUGGUCUAGCAGGAUAGACAAUAUCUAAGAACAAACAUGGUGGGAAAGCCUGAGGCCCCAGCUCUGCCCCGCCACCGAACAAGGGUGAAUGGGGGCCCGCGCCCUCCCUGGGAACAGGGACUUUCGCCCCUGAUGAACCCGGGGUACACUAGGGUGUCUGGGGGCCCUGGGGGAGCCGGAGCGUCCUUCAUUGCCCAGUGGGAAAGAGGAGCGCCCUGGACGGCCGCUGUGGGACCAGAGCACACUCCCAGUGUGGGUGUCAUUAGAGUUAUGGAGGGGGCGCCAAGAAGCUGUUUGGGGCAAAAGACAAACCUAGAGAUUUGAGAAGCCUAGCACAGCAUGAGUGGUUCACACCCACACGUCAUCAGGGAACUUCUGAUGAGCAGGGACGGGGAGGACCAUGUUGUCCACAGGGAGAACAGAGGACAGCAGCCACGGGGCCCAGGGUCAAGGUGGAAAAGAUGGCGGCCAGCAGGUGGACCGCCUCCUUGAGCCUCGCCACAUGUAGCAGGAGGACAGGGUGGUUUGACUCGCGCUGUAGCUAGUGACCAUGCUCAGCGGCCCAUCCAGAACCUUCCAUCCAGAAGCCUCCAGGCCCCCGUGCUCUCCCUGGAGCGCUCUCUCCGGUGUUUGGAGAAUCGACACCAGUUCCACACGGUGUCUCCCGGGAAGAAUGAAGGGGACAACUUCCUUUGUGAAGGGACGAGGGGCUGGCUCAGUUUUCCGAGGGAGCCACAGCCCGAGCCCGCACCUGUAUGUAUGAAAUGUCACUUGGAACGGGCAGGGCCGGCUGACACGAACCUGUCCCUGGGCCACAUGCCAAGGCUGACUUGGCUCCCUCGCGGGACGGCGCCUUUUGGGACCACAGAGUCUGCUGCCGUGAUGAGGACUGCUGUGUGCUGGCAUGUUCCCGGAUACUCGAGCCAAGCUAGAGCCUCCGCUUUCUGUCAGCUCCAUGCGGGCAUCGCAAGGCCAUAGGUACUUAGGUCAGUUAACGUCCAUACCAGGAUACCUGAAUCCCUCCAGUAGGACCGAAAUCCUGCAUUUCAUAGACAAUGCAAAGAGAGCCCACCAGCUCCCCGGACACCUGACCCAGGAGCACGACGCUGUGAUCAGCCUGUCUGCCUACAAUGUCAAGCUGGCCUGGCGGGACGGGGAAGACACCAUCCUCAGGGUCCCCAUCCAUGACAUCGCCGCCGUGUCCUACGUGCGGGACGACGCCUCGCACCUGGUGGUCCUGAAGACAGCCCAGGACCCUGGCAUCUCCCCCAGCCAGAGUCUGUGUGCAGAAAGUUCCAGAGGCCUCACCGCAGUCUCCCUGUCAGAGAGUGGAGUGGGGCCUGUGGAGGCGUGCUGCCUGGUCAUCCUGGCGACCGAGAGCAAGGUCGCUGCUGAGGAGCUGUGCUCCCUGCUCGGGCAGGUCUUCCAGAUUGUGUACACAGAGUCCACCAUCGACUUUCUGGACCGAGCCAUAUUUGACGGGGCCUCGACACCCACCCACCACCUGUCUCUCCACAGCGACGACUCUUCCACCAAGGUGGACGUGAAGGAGCCGUAUGAGACGGAAGUCGGCACGUUCUCCUUCCCCGAGUGCGCGCACGCAGGCGGCGUGUCGCCCUUGUCCUUCUGUAUGCAGACGGCGCCCCACUCCAAGACGGUCAGUGAGAGCGAGCUGAGCGCCACUGCCACCGAGCUGCUGCAGGACUACAUGCUCACGCUGCGCACCAAGCUGUCCUCGCAGGAGAUCCAGCAGUUCGCGGCGCUGCUGCACGAGUACCGGGAUGGGGCCUCAGUGCAUGAGUUCUGCAUCAAUCUGCGCCAGCUGUAUGGGGACAGCCGCAAGUUCCUAUUGCUGGGUUUGCGGCCCUUUAUCCCGGAGAAGGACAGCCAGCACUUCGAGAACUUUCUCGAGACCAUCGGGGUGAAGGACGGCCGGGGCAUCAUCACCGACAGCUUUGGCAGGUACCGGCGGGCACUGAGCUCCACCUCCACCUGCACCUGCCCUGGGAACAGGGCCACGGGCAGCUCGGACGACCAGUCUGCGCCCUCGGAAGGGGACGAGUGGGACCGCAUGAUUUCGGACAUCAGCAACGACAUCGAGGCUCUGGGCUGCAGCAUGGACCGGGACUCGGCCUGACCCUCUACUGUGAAGGACGUGCCCUGGGGCGCCGGUGCACGGGCCUGUCCCUGGAGGGAUCCUGGGGGUCCCUUCGGUUUUGCACACGACGUUCCUGUCGAAACCCUCAGAGACCUUCAAAGAAGUUUACUGCGAUGUGAACAAUUCA